AUGCCUGCAGCCAUGAGAAUUUUUCUCUUGAUUUUUGCUGUCCUCUUUCUUCUUGCUCAAAUUUGUCCAGCCAGUGGAGGAGUUAACAGAAGAAUAUUUUGUGGAAACAUGCAAGGUCGCUGUGAAGCUGAAUGCCUUUCCUUUGAAGUAAAGAUUGGGGGCUGCAGAGCGGAAUUAAUACCAUAUUGCUGCAAAAAUAUACAGAAAAAUUAA